UUCGCCUUGCUGAUUUUCAUCCCGAUUUGUGACAAGUUCAUCUACCCUGCAUUAGCCCGCAAAGGCAUCAAGCUCACCCCGAUCAGGAAGAUCACAUGGGGUUUCGGAUUUGGCUGUCUCUCGAUGGUGGUAGCAGCCGUCAUUCAGCACUACAUUUACGUCAACGCCCCCUGCGGCAACGAAGCUACCAAUGGGGAAUGCAUCGCCGAACUUGGGCCUCCGGACAUGAGCUUGUGGAGCCAGACACCAGCGUACGUGCUCAUUGCCUUUUUCAGGGAUAUUUGCAUUCAUCACAUCGCUCGAGUACGCUUUCACGAAAGCGCCCAAAAACAUGCGCUCCUUUGUGACGAGCUUGUAUUAGUUCACAAACGCCUUCUCGAGUGCUAUUGCACAGGCGCUGUUCACGUAGCUCUAUACGUCAGUCGCUUGUAUUAGUUUUGUGGGCAUUGUCUUAUUCUGGAUCUGCUUCAGGAACUCGGACAAGGAGGAAGACACGCUCAAUGCUCUCCCAGAAAGUACUUACCGAGGCCGGAAAAAUAGCAUCAUGGACGUUGAAGCGAUUCGAGAAGAACAGAUUAGGCAGGCAAAGAUCAGAGAGGCGUAA